CUACCAAUGUGCUGCCACCAAACUCGGCAGUGACGGAGUUGCUAGAGAGAGGAGACCGAAAGUCUCUCGUUCUUUAUUUUUCUUUACUCUGUCUUAAUUUCAGCUUCUGUUUCCUAUAUUUGCGCUUUCAUGUGGUCAAAGAUCAUGUUACUCAGAGAGAGGGAGAGAGGCGAGGGAAGGUGUUUUGGCUGGUUUGGCAUGUGGGUCCACUGCAAAUCCCUGUAAAUUUCGAAAAUAUAAAAGGAGAAUUGAUGAGAACUUGAUGGAGGCUGAAACGUGGAAUUGUUUGACUGAAGCCCCACGUUCCCCUGCGAGGCCUCUACUUAUUCUCUCCCGCUCUCACGAUCCUCCUCUCCCUCUCUCUCUCUAUUCAGGAGUAGUCUGCCGUCCGCUCUCCGUAGUUUGUGAAGCUUCUUUCUUGUAGUUAUACGACUCUCCAGCGUUUCCACUUCUGAUGAGAUGAGUGUCUCAAAGUUCAUCAAGUGUGUGACGGUGGGAGAUGGCGCUGUAGGAAAGACUUGUAUUCUCAUCUGCUACACCAGCAACAAGUUCCCGACUGAUUAUAUCCCUACAGUUUUUGACAACUUCAGUGCCAACGUGGUGGUGGAUGGCAACAUUGUAAAUUUAGGCCUGUGGGACACAGCAGGCCAAGAAGAUUACAGUAGGCUAAGGCCACUGAGUUACAGAGGCGCUGAUGUGUUUGUUUUGGCCUUUUCUUUGGUCAGUAAGGCAAGUUAUGAAAACGUCCUGAAAAAGUGGAUGCCUGAGCUUCGUCGUUUUGCCCCCAAUGUUCCAAUUGUUCUUGUUGGAACCAAGUUGGAUCUGCGUGAAGAUUGUGUGGCUGAUCAUCUGAUUGCUGCUUCAGUAACAACAGCUCAGGGGGAGGAGCUUAGGCGGCAAAUUGGAGCUGCUGCAUAUAUUGAAUGUAGUUCGAAGACACAACAGAACAUUAAAUCCAUCUUUGAUACAGCAAUCAAGGUUGUUCUUCAACCUCCACGAAGAAAGGAAACUAUUAAGAAGAAAAAGAAGAGAAGCUCUGGUUGUUCAAUCAUGAGCAUAAUGUGUGGAGGCACAUGCACUGUUUAAUGUUGAGUUCACAUGGAUCAAGGAUCUUGAGGCUUGUGGAUAUGCAAUGUCACGCUCUUGUACUUUCUAAAUUAGACUGACCCCAUUAGAUGUAUUAUUGAUACAUCUUCUCUCUGUUGUUUAGAAUAGACUUUGAUAGAUAGGCAACACAAAUCUGAUCUGUCGUCAAGUGCUUAAAUGUCGAAGAAGAAUGUGUUUCGUUCAAGGAAAACGGAAGUAUGUAUUAUCUAUCAAUCCAGACUUUUUCAUCUUCAUUUGAAACAUGUUAUGGAAAAAAUUCAAAAUACA